UAGGAGGCAUAGACACGGUGAGCCAUUGGUUUAGAAAAUCCUUAUCACUUCUUCCUUACCUUGAUGUCCGGCAGUCUACAUCCGUAUUGCAGAUAUUCCUGCUGGCCAUGAUACUCUAUCCCGAUGUCCAAGCCAGGGUUCAUGCAGAAAUAAAUCAAGUUGUGAUGCAUGAUAAAAUGCCGUCCAUUGAUGAUAGGCCAUCGUUACCCUACCUUGAUGCCGUUCUCCGUGAGGUUCUAAGAUGGUGUCCUCCCAUACCCCUAGGAAUGGCGCAUGCGACAAUAAAUGAUGACUUUUACGGCGGGUACUUUAUACCAAAGGUUCGUUAUAUGACUCGGGGUUGCAUUGACUUAUCUGUAGUUCAAUUAGGCACGAUGGUGAUGGUUAAUCAAUGGUCUGUACGAUGCAGCGUAUCUAAAUGCUUGAGUUGA